AUGGGGCAUUCGAAGUCACCCGACACGUAUAUCCUGGUCGAGACCGCUGCUGGUUACUGCUUAGGAUAUAUAAAGGAAUGGGAUGCAGUGAAUGCGGAUGUCAUCUCGAGUGAGCUCCGAGACCCAAGCAAGUUCAAGCAGAUGAUACAGAGCAAGGGCUUCUAUCCUUUUAAGGACGCAGAGGAGGCGUUGGCUAACAUUCAGUCGGUUGCUCGAGGGGAUGCAUCUGAGCAGUUGGUGGCAUUUCUUUCGAGUACAUUACCAAGUAAGAAGAAGAAGUAUCAAUUGGGUGUAUUGGAUAAUGAGUUGGCUAAGGCAUUGUCAAAGUGUGAUUUUAAUGUGUUUCAUGGGAAGGAUGUGUUUGAAGUUGUAAGGACAUGUCGUCAGAAUCUUAAAUCCUUAGUUGCGAGUUUGGAGGCCCCGAUUAUCCAUCAAUUCCAGAUUGGUUUGGGACACUCUUUUUCUCGGUCGAAGAUUGCCACAGACCCGGCUCGACAAGAUAAGCAUUGUCAGCAGGCGGUGGCUACGUUGGAGUUGAGUGAGAAGACAGUGAACAAAUUGGCUAUGCGAUUGAAGGAGUGGUAUGGGUGGCACUUCCCCGAGUUGAUUAAAAUUGUACCGGAUAAUCUCAAGUUUGCACAGACUGCAUUGCACAUUGGUAGGCGGGAUGCAUACGACUGGGAAGCUGGGAAGCUCAAGCUCUUGGAGAUUCUGGACAACUCGGAAGCUGUUGUAAGCGAACUUGAACAAGCCUUCAAGAUGAGCAUGGGACAGGACAUUGUAGAACUCGACUGGAUGAAUAUCAAGGACGCCGCCGAGCAAGUGGUUAGCUGGCAUGGCUUGCGGUCGAACGUGGGCGACUAUCUAAGCAACAAGAUGCGGCUUGUCGCGCCUAAUCUGCAGGCAUUGGUAGGAGACCAACUUGGAGGCAAACUCAUUACUCAGGCUGGGAGUGUAAUUCACCUGGCUAAGGCUCCGGCAUCCACCAUCCAGAUAUUCGGUGCGGAAAAGGCCUUGUUCAGGGCCCUGAAAUCCAGAGGACCAACUCCCAAAUACGGCCUUAUCUUUAACUCGGGCUUUAUUGGAAAAGCUAGUUCCAAGAAUAAAGGAAGAAUUUCGAGAUACCUAGCCAACAAAAUCGCGCUUGCUUCAAGAAUGGACGCAUUUGGAGAAACCACCGGCACAUACGGCGAGUCAUUCCGACAACAAGUCGAAGACAGACUCAAGUUCCUCACCGAAGGCGUGACCCCCAUGAAGAAUCUCGAAGUUAUGCGAAUUGCCGCUGACCGGGCCAAAAUUGCUGCCCAGGAAUCGCCAGCUAUAGUUCACACCAAAAUCGACGUCCCUGGUCCCAUUGAAGAGCCAUCCGCCCCCAUUGAUGCCAAGAAGUCCAAGAAACACGUUUCCGUGAAAAAAGAAACCAAGAAAGAUAAGACGGAUAAAAAAGACAAGCAUCGAGGAAAAGACGACGAGGAGAAGAAGAAGAAGAAGAAAGGUUCCAAAAAGGCCGAAUAG